AUGAGUAGCUUGUGCAAAAGUCGACUUCAAGAAGAAAGAAAACAAUGGAGAAAAGAUCACCCUUUCGGGUUUUUUGCAAAACCUUCAAAAUCGCCUGAUGGAUCACUGAAUUUGAUGUAUUGGACAGCAGGUAUUCCUGGAAAGGCCAGUACCAUCUGGGAAAAUGCAGUAUACCCAAUCACAAUAACAUUUCCAGAGGACUAUCCAUCAAAGCCACCCAAAAUCAAGUUUCCUGCUGGCUUCUACCACCCUAACGUUUAUCCAUCAGGCACAAUUUGUCUAUCUAUAUUGAAUGAAGAAGAAGACUGGAGACCUGCCAUAACCCUAAAGCAGAUUGUCCUGGGAAUACAAGAACUCCUUAACAACCCAAACCCAGACUCCCCUGCACAAGAACCUGCAUGGAGAGCGUUUGGAAAAGAUAGACCAACAUACGAAAAGAAGGUGAAGGAGCAGGCCUUGAAGUACUCCAAAUGA